AUGGUCGGAAUAGCUUCGAUAAGGUCUACGAAUGCUGCUUUUUCAAGCACGCCGGGUGCGAAGGGCUUAGUGGCUGUGUUUGUUGGCGCAACAGCCGGAAUUGGUGAAACUGCCAUGAAGACAUUUGUGUCAUCAACGGUAGCACCUACGGUCUACUUCGUAGGACGAUCCGAAUCUGCUGGAGAAAAAAUCACCACCGAGCUCCAAAAGCUCAACCCCGACUCCAAAAUCCAGUUUUUUCAGGCCGACACAACUCUGCUCUCAAAUGUUGACAAUAUCAGCUCCCAAAUCGCUGCAAAAGAGAAGAAAUUAAAUCUCCUCUUUAUGUCACCCGGCUACAUGAGCAUGGCCGGCCGCGAAGAAACUCCUGAAGGCCUCGACCGCAAAAUGACCGUUUCUUACUACUGCCGUCUAAAGUUCGCCACGAACCUCCUCCCACUCCUCAAGACUGCCUCCGAAGCUUCGGAAUCUGCUCGUAUCAUCAGUGUUCUCGGAACCAGCCGCGAAGGCCCUCUUAUCAUGGACGAUCUUGGUCUUGCAAAACCCGGCAAUUUCACACUCUCAAACUGUGAGCUCCACACAGUGACCAUGACCUCUCUCGCGUUCGAGCAUCUCUCCAAGCAGAAUCCCGGAAUCGGAUUUAUCCACGCGAUCCCGGGCAUUGUAAUGACUGGAAUAGCCCGGGAGCUGCCAACACCGUUGAGGGUACUGACUACUGUCGCGUCACCCCUCAUGAAGUGUUUCUCGGUCCCAAUUGACGAUUGUGGACAAGGGUUUGCGUGGUUGGGGACGGAUGAGAAGUUUAGAAAGGGCUUGUGGUUGGUGGAUUGGAAAGGUGAAAGUGCAGACACAAGAACGGGAUCAAAGGGAUGGAUGAGUAGGUCCGGGGACUGGUUCUCAGAGGAGAAGAUGAGUGCGGUGUGGGAGCAUACCAUGGGAGCUUUCAGGAAUGCAAAGGCAGCCGGAGGGAGUGCUUAG